CAAUUCAGGUACUGAUGCACUGCCACGUGACGGUGCCAGCACCGCCGCAUGCAGCGAAGUGGAUGGCGAGAUGGGGAUGGAUCUCGUUUAGCAAGUGCCGACAAAAAUGGAAGGAGGCAGAUAGAGGCAGAUAAACGGUUGAGGUUUCCAUCUGUUCGACAUGAACCAGGCUAGGUAGGUAUGAGCUUCUUUCUUCUCCUCAAUCGUGGAUUGUAAUGAGUUGGCGAGUGACGAGACGUCUUUGCAGUCUCUUUUCCUUUGCAUUUUCAUUUUCAUGCCGAUUCCACAUGAUUCCGUUACUCCCUGGGCGGAACCAACAGACCCCACAUCCGUAAAACAGAAAAAAGGCAGGAAAAGAAGAGGUAGUAGAAACAACGAACCUCCCAAAAAUAAUCCCAGCGUCCAUUUGAUCUGCAGCCUUGCUAUUUUUCUCCUUCGUUUCGUUCCGGUCCCAUUGUUUAGCUUCCAGAACGGGAAGGAUGUAAAGGGGCCACCUAGGCAUGACAUAAUUUCCAGGCGCCGAGAGAAACCCCAUCUCCCGAAUCGACUUCGGCACGUCCUGGCUUGGGAGACUUGGGACGCACGCAUCAUCAAAGGGACGAGCUUGCAAGACUGAGACUUUUUACCCCACUACGGCCCCAAUCGCCGACAGGGGACAUGCCCGCCUGCCCGGGAUGGCAUGGGCGCCAUAUCGGCAGCUGUUUGAUUGAGACCUCAUGCGGUCCCUGAGUGUGGUGGUGUGUGUGGUGGUGUGUAUGGACAUGCCCUCCGUCCAUGCGCCGCCCGUCUGGCUCGGCCAAUGGGCGCCCUGCUCUCGCCCUAACUGCCCAUGCCUGCCUGUCUGCCUGCAAACUGCAAACGCGCCCGGCGUCCGUGAUGCGAUCCGCCUGCUUCGGCCAUCGCGAAAUCCACCCCCGCCCGCCCAUGGGCGUCGCAUGAACUGGCGUGAUUUCGCCUUUUCCAGCCGACCCUGUUCCCCUCUCCGCUAGGCCCCUUACACGCUGGCCAGGCGUGGUAGGCACUAUGGGGAGAGCCAAUGCCAGUGGGAACCGGAGAGGAAGAAAGAGAGAAAAAAAAUAUGCGGAUGGAUACCACCUCACCGAGACACGUCAGUAAGGAGGCAUGGUUGGGACAUGUAUAAUAGCCAUAUAUGCAUGAGCUGCCUUCCCCGGCCUCCAGCCCUUCUCUCCCCUUCUUUUUCCUUCCUCAGGCAUAGUCUCACCCACGCUCUUUUGAUACCCCCCUCCAUCCCCCCCCCCUCCCUCUCUCCCGCAGACCCCCGUGAUUCUCCCCGUUCGAGGAUACCCCGUUGUUCGUCUGUGCAGUACGUUAUAGCAUACAGCACACACCACAUCACACCUGCCCACCCACCGCAGGCCGCAACACUUAUCAAAAACCCCCUUCUUACAUACUUACACCUAAUACAAUAAUGGGUAUCCUGUCCUCCUCCAAGGGAAAGAUGGCCGCCGCCGACGCCGAGGAGAAGCCGCUGCCGACGCCCGAGCGCCCGGGCACGUCGGGCACCGAGAUGAACCUCAUGACGACGCGCAAGCAGGCCUCGCAGCGCCUCAAGGCCGCCUCCCAGGCCGAGCGCGCCUACCGCGCCAGGAAGCGCUCCGCCACGGCCCGCGCCAACCUGUCCGAGGCCAAGGCGCACCUCGGCGACGCCCUGGGCCACUUCAAGACGGGCACCAAGCUGCUCAUCUCCGCCCUCGGCUCGAGCCGCUACAUACUCGCCAACAAGGCCGAGGAGCGCCGCGCAAAGGCGGGAGAGUCCAAGCGCCAGGCCGCCGCCGAGAAGCGCAGGAAGCUCGAGGAGCGCCUCGCCAAGGAGAAGGAGCUCGCCGACGCCGACGCCGCCGCCGCCAACGCCGCCAACCCGGCUUCCAGCUCUUAGAAGGGCUCCUCCUUUGGCCUGCUGGCAUGACGGCGCGCUGAACUGAAGGGGGUCGUCGACCACCACCCUUCAGGCAUCGGGUGUAUCUACCUAGUCUUGCGACUUGUACACCCACCAUCGACCUCUCGAGUUUUGCAUCACACCUCUCCUCGGCGCUCUUACAACGUCUUAUACGCCUUUUCUGGCACCGCUAUCGUUUACACCACGUCUUACAUGGACACCACCCUCGUUUACACUGUCUUCUUAGACACCCACCUUCGUUCAUGACGUCUUUUUCAGGCACCACAAUCGUUCCAUCGACCUUCUAUAGGCACCACUCUCGCUUACCCGCCUUCAUCUCAAGGCACCACAACAGACACCACUCUCGUUUUUAACGCACACAUACACAAGUCCCGCACUCGGGCAGCAUAACCACCGCUUAUUCACCUCUCCUUACUACUUUAUAUACCUCAUCGCGUUUUCCUUUUUUUCUCUCUCCCAUUCCCACUUUUCCCUGUCCUCCCAAUGAUGACCAUAUCCUUUUCCCCGCGCGCAAGUCACGAAUUACGACCACCAUGUUCACAUCAUAUAGAGCGAGCGUCGGGCGGAGUUCGGCUGUUUUUGCUUGCGGCGAUGGGAUACCUAUUGGGAGGUUUCUGGAUCUGAAUUCGUGUUGUCGAGUCUUUUUUCCAUGUUCCUUUUUUCCUUGCGUCUGUACGUGUUUUGCUUUUUAUCAGCUCGAUACCUCGGCGUGGCAGCAUUCUGCAUGCUUCUCUAUCGUAAUAACAAAGAUACCAACUCUGACAUAUGUUGCGCAUCACUGACAAGAUGGAUUGUGAAUAUUCAAUCACCCUUUCGCGGGUAAGGGCAUGUUGAGAAGCGGGCGGGCUCUGGCUUCAAACCGUGGCAUUUGCUGUUCGUGUUGCAUGGCUCAGCUGAA